GUAAAACUGAUAGACAAUUGCAAUCACAUCACAUGUUUGCAGUGUUUUUCAAAGUACUAUCAAUUGACGGAUUAAUUAAUUAUAAUAUAAUAUACGAUAUAUUUGUAUGAAAUCAUCGGUUAAUCAAAAUAUCAUCCAUUAGUGACCACUUGAUAUAAUCGGCUAAAUGGCUGUACAAUUGUUGAACGCAAUCGGCAAGUUAGGUGUGGGUCUGGCUAUCGGUGCUUCUGUAGUUAACUCUGCCCUUUACAACGUGGACGGCGGUUCCCGUGCCGUCAUAUUUGACCGAUUCACGGGUGUUAGUCCUAAUGUGGUGGGAGAGGGCACUCACUUUCUAAUCCCAUGGGUUCAGAAGGCUAUCGUCUAUGACAUCAGGUCACGACCUCGCAAUGUGCCCGUUAUUACCGGCAGUAAAGAUCUGCAGAACGUCAACAUAACUCUUCGUAUUUUGUUUCGUCCGAUUCCUAAAGAGUUGCCCAAACUGUACACCAGUUUGGGUGAAGAUUAUGACGAAAGAGUUUUACCAUCGAUUACUAAUGAAAUACUAAAAGCUGUUGUGGCUCAGUUCGAUGCCGGAGAACUGAUUACUCAACGAGAGCUGGUCUCACAAAAAGUGUCCGAAGAGCUAACUGAAAGGGCAGCACAGUUUGGUCUCAUUUUGGAUGACAUAUCACUUACACAUUUGACAUUUGGCAGAGAGUUUACAGCAGCGGUUGAGCUCAAACAAGUGGCCCAACAGGAGGCGGAAAGGGCCCGGUUUUUGGUGGAGAAAGCGGAACAACAAAAGAAGGCAUCAAUUAUUACAGCCGAGGGUGACUCUCAAGCGGCCAGUCUUAUGGCCAAAGCCUUUGAAUCGGGAGAAGCAUUGGUCGAGUUGAGACGUCUGGAGGCCGCCGAAGAUAUUGCGUUACAAUUGUCGCGAUCGAGAAAUGUCGUGUAUUUGCCGCCCGGACAGCAAACACUGCUUAGUCUGCCUCAAGUCUAAAGUCAAAACUUUUUUAAUUGUAGUUUUUCUCAAUUUUUUUUAAACAAAAAUCAUUAAAUCGUGUGUUAGUUAUAUAUAUAAUAAAUAAUUGAAAUAACAAA